CCUUGAAUGUUGGUCGUCUGGUCGCCACCCAACAGCCCCCCGCAGAGAUAGAGGUCAGACCCGUACAUCUACAGGUGCAAGUGGAGCCGCUGCACAGGGCACCCAAAAAUCUGGGGCCCCCGUAUAUAUAUAUCCUUAAACUGCCAAAAAAAUAAAGUGCAGCCCCAGCCCAACGCAUGUCAAUUAAUCCACCAAGCCCCAACGGAACAACAGGCCCAUAGCCCAACUCAUCUCUCUCACGGAGAAUUCCAGAAGACUGAAGACGGAUCGAAUUCCCCUGUUCUUUUCUCUCUCUCUACAACUCUGUUCCUCGAGACCAGGACUCGCCGGCGGCUGGCGAAUUAAAUCGCUCGCAAUUAACUCGCAGACUCCUCAUCUCCUUUCUCGAAUGGCUUCCCAAUUAUUAUCCAAGAAGAGAGCCGUUGAUGGCAAGUACACAAUGAACUGCAGAGAAUCAAGAGGUUGGAACAGGCCUGGGUUGGAAUCUCGCUGCUUGGUGGCCGUAGUCCCUGGAGGUGAGCAAUCAGAGCACCAAGCGCCCCCGCCUGAUGAUCUGCAUCCGUGAACAGUCAGCAACCAAAGGUUGUUUCGCCCCCUUUUCACCCCUUUUUUAGUUGAUCCAUUGUUCUUUCUUGCAUUUGUAUAUCCUUGGUUUUUCUUAAUUUUCUAAGAUGUCUUCUAGUUCUAAACGCCCUGGUAGGAAGUAUGAAUCUGGGUAUGAAAAACGUACAAAGAAGAAAAAAGCUGAAAAUCUUAUUCAUUCUCUGAAGGGGUCUCUUGAUAACUUUGUUGUGAAAGAACCACAAGUUUCUUCCGAAAAUCAGAAUAUAGAGGCUGAUGUUGAUGAUAAUGUUGACAACAUUCAGGUUGAGAAUACUAAUCCUGAUGAGGCUAACCUUCAUGGAAAUGUCGUUGGCGCUAGUGUUAAUGAAAACAUGGAUAGUUCACCUGAUAAGAAUAACAUGGAUGCAUCUUCCGAUGGUAAUGCUUCUUUCCGGCCAGAUAUAUAUAUGAUCCAAGGAAUUGGGAUGCCCUUGACUCAAAAGCGAUUGACAUCUUGGUAGAAAAGGAUCCCAAAAGAGAUUUAACUAUAAAAAAGGCCGGAAGGAUAAAAAUAAAAGAUGCUUUUCUUCGAUAUUUUACACAAGAGUUCUACCAAAUGGAGAGAAGUGUGAUAGAGAUUGGCUUGUAUACUCUAGAGAACUUGACAAGGUAUUCUGCUUUUGUUGCAAAUUAUUUCGAAAGGGGCAUGGAAAGGGUCAUUUGCCUAGUGAGGGUUUUAAUGAUUGGGCACAUAUUAGCAUUAGAAUUAGAGAGCACGAAACAAGUGCCGAACAUGUUCUGAAUAUGGUCACUUGGUAUGAUUUGCGACUACAGUUGCAAAAUCAUCAAACUAUUAAUUGUGUAGCGCUGCGACAACUUGAGAAAAAAAAGGACCAUUGGAGAAAGGUUCUAUUUAGAAUUCUUUUGAUGGUAAAAUUUCUUGCGAAACACAAUCUUGCAUUUCGUGGUACUAACUCGACAUUGUAUCAAGAUAAUAAUGGAAAUUUCUUAGGCUUGGUUGAAAUGCUAGCUGAGUUCGACCCAAUUAUUCAGGAGCAUGUUAGGCGCAUAACAAACAAUGAAACUCAUGUUCAAUACCUUGGUCAUGGGAUACAAAAUGAGUUAAUACAUUUGCUUGCUUCUUCAAUUAAGUCAGAGAUAAUUAAAAAAAUAAAAGAAGCAAAGUAUUUUUCCGUGAUACUUGAUUGUACCCCUGAUGCGAGCCACCAAGAACAAAUGUCUCUGAUAAUACGAUAUGUCAAUGCAUCUUCGACUUUUGUUUCCAUUGAGGAAUCAUUUUUAGGAUUUUUGGAUGUCAAUGAUACAACUGGGCAAGGGCUUUUUGAUGUUUUGCAGGAAGAACUACGGAAUCUUGACCUGGAUCUAGAUGAUGUGAGAGGACAGAGCUACGAUAAUGGUGCAAAUAUGAAAGGUAAGAAUAAUGGUGUUCAAAGGAAACUUUUGGAUAAAAAUCCUAGAGCUUUUUAUUCAGCAUGUGGUUGUCAUAGUAUUAAUUUGACACUUUGUGACAUGGCAAAAACUUGUGGUAAAGCAAAGGACUUUUUUGGAAUCAUACAACGCAUCUACACAACAUUUGCUAAUUCAACUAAAAAGUGGCAGAUCUUGAAAGAUAAUAUAGAUGAUACAACAGGAUUGACUCUCAAGUCGUUGUCAUCUACUCGUUGGGAGAGUCGAAUAGAUAGUGUUAAAGCUAUAAGAUUUCAGAUUUCGAACAUACGAGAAGCUUUACUGCAAGUAUCUGAUAUUGAUAAUGAUCCAAAAACUAGCAGUGAAGCUAAAUCUCUCGCGAAUAAUGAACUUGGUGAUUUUGAAUUUUUAGUAGCUAUUGUUAUUUGGUAUGAAAUACUGUAUGCCGUCAAUCUGGUCAGCAAGAACUUACAAUCAAAGGAUAUGCUUAUUGAUGUUGCUAUUGAGCAAGUGUAGGGGCUAAUUACCUUUUUUAAUGGGUAUAGAGACACUGCUUUUUGUAAUGCAUUGGAAACAGCAAAAGAAAUUGCACUUGAAAUGGAGAUCGAUCCUACAUUUCGUCCAAAGCAUGAGAUUAAAAGAAAGAAACAAUUUGACGAAAACCCAGAUGAUGUGUUAAUUUCUUCACAACCUGCACAUGAAUCAUUUAGGAGAAAAUAUUUUAUUCCUGUUGUUGAUCAGGCUAUCAGUUCACUUACAACAAGAUUUGAGCAAUAUGAAUCAUUCUAAAAGAACUUUGGUUUCUUAUUUACUUCUGAUGCACUAAAAUCAUUGGAUGAAGAGCUUAAAAUCUUCUUGUAGUGUUCUUGAGGCUGCACUAAAGAGUGGAGCGAAAUCGAACAUUAAUGGUAGUGAAUUAUAUGUUGAGCUAAAUUUACUUAAAAGUUUCAUUCCAAAUGAUAAUAUGGGGCCGGUUGAUAUCUUGAAUUUCUUAAACGGCUAGAUUGUUUCCCUAAUGCAACUAUUGCAUAUAGAAUUUUGUUAACUAUUCCAGUGACCAUCGCAUCAGCUGAGAGAAGUUUCUCCAAAUUGAAAUUAUUGAAGUCCUAUCUACGUUCAACAAUGACACAAGAAAGGCUCAGUGGGUUGGCUACUAUAGCAAUUGAAAAUGAUAUACUGGAGGGGGUUGCUUAUGAAGAUCUAAUUGAAGAUUUUGUAUCAAGAAAUGCUCAAAGGAUUGCACGCUUUGGCUAACAGAGUAAAAGAUGGACUUGUAGCUCAAAAUUCUAAGAUUUUUCUCUUGUAUUAUGUAGUUCCUUGAGAAAGCUAUCCUGCUGUAGUGACUAAUAAAAAUAAUGUUUAAAUUGCCUACUUGACUUUCUUAUA